ACCAAAUUUUCAGAUGCUGUCGUACAUUUUGUUCGCAACAGCCGAACCAAUUGCAGCGCAAGGACCGGAUGUAAAGAUAGAACAAUCCGACAAUGGAGAAUACAAAUUCUUUAUUGAUACACCCUCAUACAACAGACAAGAAACACGCGACGAAGACGGAAGAGUAAUCGGCCAAUACACCUUCCAAGACCCUGACGGACUUAUGCAAACCUUCAAAUACGAAUCAGGAAUCGAUGGAUUCAAGAUCGUCGAAGGAUCAUUGCCUGUCGCUCCCAUGGACUACAAUCUUCCGGUACCCGAACCUUUCGAGUUGACGGAACAAAGACGUGUGCAUUUGGAGACCUGGGACCGAUUGAAUCCUGCCUCACCUUCAUAUGUCCUGUACGUGCCUAAAGCACUGAGGGAGAGAGAGAUUUUCAAACCGGAGGAAAUUCCUGUACCUGUGCAAGAAACUGUGGAAGUGAUGCAGGCGAGGGAAAAGCAUUUGGCAGAGCUCAUCGCGCAAGAAAAAUAUCACAAGGAGCAAAACGUCAACAAAAACUAAAUGUUUCAACAUUCUAUAUCAUGUCUCGCGAAACUCGUAGAUGGAAGUUAAUAUUAGGAAACUAGUUUUAGGGUUAUAAUUGAUCAAUUGUCAAAGUAAUUAUCACAUUUCUUCACAAAAUGGCACUUUUUAUUUCAUUAUCAGAGAACUACAAGAUGUCAUCGUUAUUCGCGUACUGUCACCGACUCAACUAACAGUAGAUGCAAAAUACUGAGAAACGAUUGUAAUUAAGAGAGUUGAUAAUUAGCUGGUUUAAAUAUUCCACGGAUUUUUCCUAUAAUUUAAUUAAAUUUUUAUUCUUAAUAAGGUAUUCUAUUUCAAAUUGAGAUUUAGUAAUUAAUUUUACAUUAAGAAUUAUCCACAUAUACAUAUAAAUAGUGCUUUUAUAUAUGGUCAAAACAUACUAUAGUGUACUCUUGUAAACAUGAAGUUAAUCUUGAUUUUGUUCUGCGUUGUUGUGGCUAUUUCUGCUGCACCAGCCAAAGAUAACGACUCAAAAAUCGAAGAGAAAUCCAUACAAGAUGCUAAAGAAUCCAAACUUCCAGAGCCCGUUAAAGAUACUGAAGAAGUACAAUUAGCUAAAGAACAACUUAAAGCUCUUCAAGAAGCACAUAUAAGAUUGGUUGAGAGCCAAAGAGCUUUCCAUUACGCUUUGUACAGACAAUGGCCUUUUAGGACACCUUACUACUUCCCUUUUAUUAACCCUUUCUCUUAUUAUAUCUAAAUAAAUCGGCACCCUGAUGUUUAUAAAAGUUUGAAAAAAAUAAAAUAAAUUUUGUUUAUGCAUA